AUGAAGAUGCAAGAUAUGAACAGCACCCAAGUCACAGUUUUCUUCCUUCUUCAACUUUGGGACUCUCCUACUGGUCGUAUUGUUUUCAUUAUGAUGUUUACUAUUAUUUACAUCCUAACAUUCUCUGGAAACCUCAUAAUCAUCAUUAUCUGCAGAUUUGAGAAGAAUCUCCACACACCAAUGUAUUAUUUCCUUAGUCAUCUUGCUGCUUUGGAAAUGUGUUACAUUUCUGUCACUGUCCCCAAAAUGGUUCACAGUUCAGCGAUGGGCAAUAGUUCUAUUUCAUUUGUAGCUUGCCUUACCCAAUUGUACUUUUUUGGAUCCCUUGGGUCAACAGAAUGUUUUUUACUUGCUAUAAUGGGUUAUGAUAGGUUUUUAGCAGUCUGCAAACCUUUACAUUAUCACUCUCUUAUGACCUCCAGGAUCUGCAACUUCUUGGUGGUUGGUACCUGGGUAGUUGGAAGCAUAUAUGGGGUAAUUCACACUGCUAACACUUUUAGGCUGCAAUUUUGUGGGGCCAAAGUGCUUAAUCAUUAUUUCUGUGACAUUCUACCCCUGCUUAAGAUUUCAUGCAUCGACACCUAUAUUAAUGAGUUAACUGUCUUUGCUGUUGGUGGAUUUCUAAUGAUCGGCUGUUUUGUGUUAAUUUGUGGAUCUUAUAUGCAGAUUUUAUUUUCAGUUUUUAGUGUACCAAAAGGUGGUGGACGAAUGAAAGCAUUUUCCACAUGUGUAUCUCACCUUGUUGUCGUUCUGCUAUUUUAUGGAAGUGGUUGCUUCAUGUACAUGAGGCCAAAAUCAAAUCUUCUGGCAGAGAAGGAAUGGCUCCUAUCCAUUUUUUACACCAGUAUUACACCUCUCCUAAAUCCCAUUAUAUAUAGCUUGAGGAACAAAGAUAUCAGAAAAGCUCUUCAUGUAAUUCUAAACUCUCACUUGUGUAAAUUCAGCUUUGCAUGA